AUGCAUCUCGGACCCGCGCCGCCCUCCCGCAAUGGCCAAGUAAUCCUGGACACUUUCUCCCCCGUCAAUGAACAUGGCAGCUUCGCUUUCGACCGCGUCCUGAAGACGGGGAAAGUAUUCCGACGUGUCAAACACAAACAUGUAUUCCGCGCCUCCUGGAAAUCCGCAUACCUUGUCCUCCGCCCGAACCUCCUCUCCGUCUACAAGGAUGAAGAGACCACUCGGCUCCGCGUCUCAAUCACCCUCUCUGAGCCCCCCUCUGAACGCGAUGCCGAGGACUGGAUCGACCGAAUCCGCGCCGAGACCCCGAGAGAUGAGGACGACCAAGCCUUCAUGGCCUUAUCCCACAAGCGAGAGCCCCCAAUUAUCCAAAGACAAUUCGUUGACGACACUACCGACCAUUCCGAUCAUGAUGCAAUUGCCCGCGCCAGUUCCCCCGAGCUAGGCCGCGCCUUAUCGCCGGUCGCGGGAUCCAGCCCCUGGGUCGCCGCUCGGAAGGCCCCCAUCCCUUUCACACAGGACUAUUCAGGGAACGAGAUUACCUCCUAUUCAGAGCUCUCGGAUGGACCGACGCCCACGCGAAACAGCCGAUUGCGAUCCAUGCCCUCGAUUCACACCCUGUCCAUAUCCGCCCCUGAAGACAAGAUAGUCUCCUCGUCUCUACCGCGAGAUUCGAGCCGGCAGUCGGAUCUAGGCAUUCUGCGGGAUCCGGAACGUGUCGUUUGUCAAGGAUAUUUACAGGGACUGCGAAUUAAGGGUACUGUUCGACAGUGGAAACGGCUCUGGGUUGUACUUCGGCCUAAAACGCUGGCAUUUUACAAGGAUGACCAGGAGUAUUCGGCUCUUAAGAUUAUCUCUAUGUCUCAAGUCAUUGAUGCCGCUGAGGUCGAUCCGAUGUCCCGAUCAAAAAGAUUCUGCCUGCAGCUCAUCGCCGAGGAAAAGACGUACCGGCUUUGUGCUCCGGACGAGGAAUCACUCGCGCGCUGGCUCGGCGCGUUGAAGAGCAUCUUUGUUGCGCGCAAGAAGCUCGAAACCGCCCCAGCUAUCGCGGCGUAA